UAUCACAGACCGGUUCCAUGGGACGCGAACCGGGUGCCGCCGUUGGCCUACAAUCAAGGAACCACGCCGUUCUCCCACCGAAGAGCUCGUUCAAGAUCGACGAAGGUUACUCAGACGAAACGAAGAGCUUGCAGGAAAAUGAGAGCGUGCAGGACACGCUGGAGCUCCCUGCAUGGAUUCUCUCGCGUAGUGAAGCAGACAGAGCCGAGCUAGCCUACACCCUGCUCAGAACGCUUCGAACGUCCACCAUCUCUGCAGUCAUAGAUCGACUGACCCCGUUGCUCCACAUGGAUCCCGUUCAGAAGCUCCCGCCAGAGAUAACCGCCGAAAUCUUCUCCUAUCUCGAUCCCACCACGCUGCUGACGGCCUCUCUCGCCUCCAAGCCGUGGAGGAGCAGGAUCCUCGACUCGAGGCUGUGGCGGGGGCUCUACAUCAAGGAAGGAUGGAGGCUCAACAUGGGCUCCAUUCGCGAGUUCCACCGCCAGUCCAGCGAGAUCGCCAGGCAGCAGCAGGGCAGGAAGUCGAGGAACAGGCACUCGGACACGGAGUCGGGGCAACCCCAGCUGAAGAGGCGUGCUCUCGACUGUGGCCGUGCCGGAGCUGGUCCUGCCGAGAUGGUCACCAGCAGGAUCGGCUGUUCAACCCUCCCUACGGACACGGAGGGGGACCAUGAGAUGUGCGAUGCGGAGCCUACCUCGCCCAUGGACAUCUCGUCUCCGACCCGUCUGGCUGCGCGGCUGGCGAGGAAAUGUAAGGUGCCCAACUCCUUGGAUCCUUCAAUGCAGUCCCCCGGGUUCGAUUCUCUCUUCACAGAUGACCGAUCCCCCCUCCCGUACUCCUCAGCUGCGGUAUGGUCCCGCAACGGCCCUACGUUGAACUGGGCCUACCUGUACAAACAGCGUCAAAAGCUGGAGGAAAACUGGCGUCAUGGCCGGUUCACCAACUUUCAACUUCCCCACCCCGAUGCGCCCUGGGAGUCCCAUCGAGAGAGGGUCUACGUCAUUCAGUUUACCGGCAAGUGGCUGGUCAGCGGCAGCAGAGACAAGACGGUCAGAGUCUGGGAUCUAGAGACACAGCGGCUGAGAGGCCAGCCGUUACUCGGGCAUACCAAAUCUGUCCUGUGUCUGCAGUUCGACCCGAGCACGGAAGAGGAUAUCAUCAUGUCCGGGAGCAGUGAUCGCAGCGUCAUCGUCUGGCGGUUUUCAACCGGAGAAAAGAUACAUGAGCUCACCAAUGCACAUAACGACUCGGUUCUCAACCUGCGGUUCGACAAGCGGUACCUCGUUACCUGCUCAAAGGAUAAUACUAUCAAAAUAUUCAACCGGAACUCCCUGCUUCCUACCGAUGCUGACUAUCCCACGGUCAUCAAAGGAGCUGGCCCCAGAUACCCUGAUUACAUCAUAGAUACCUCUGUCGUGCAACCUUCAUCACUGGAAGCCCAAAUAGCCAGCCAGCAGAUCAAAUCUCUGCCUCCUUACACUCUGCUGAUGACUCUUGAUGGGCACCGUGCUGCCGUAAAUGCCAUCCAGAUCGACAAGGAUGAGAUCGUCUCUGGAUCUGGAGAUCGACUCAUCAAAGUCUGGAGCAUCCACAGUGGUGCGUGUCUGAAGACGAUACUGGGCCAUAAUAAGGGGAUUGCCUGUAUCCAAUUCGACAACCAGCGCAUCGUAAGCGGCAGCAAUGAUGACACGGUCCGCAUAUACGAUCAUGCUUCAGGGGCAGAGGUUGCCUGUCUUCAGGGCCACUCGGAUCUUGUCCGGACGGUCCAGGCCGGGUUCGGAGACCCUCCUGGCUCAGAAGAAACUAUGAGACUAGAAGCAAUGGCAGUGGACCAUGAAUAUUUUGAAGCCAGACGCCGUGGAGACGUUGACGAGAACCCUGUAACCACUCGCCGCUCCCGCCGAAAUCCCAAUACUGGCUCCAGAUUGCCACAGGAUGUCACGGCAUUAGGUGCGAAAAUCCCCCCCGGAGGAGGUGGCAGCAAUUGGGCCAGAAUAGUCUCCGGGUCAUACGAUGAAUCCAUCAUUGUAUGGAUGAGGGACAAGGAAGGCAAGUGGGUUAUUGGACAGCAAUUCAACCAGGCAGACGCCAUCAGGUCCGCAAGAGCUGCAGCUGCAGCGGCCGCGGCCGCUCGUUCACAGGCCAACGAAUUCACUUCAGCCGGUAACCCCCAGGCUGGCGGUCUAUCAACAGAAGCAGUGCAGGGCCAUCAUCACCAUGCAACCGGAGCAACACCCAAUCCCAUCCCGCCUCAGCAGCCUAUUAAUCAGACAGCGGGCAAUAACCCGCCUCCUGUACCUGGACAUCACCAAGGCCCCCCUGCUGCGCCCGCACAUCCAAACCACCCCCCCGCCAAUGUUGGUACUAUCGAUGCAGACGGCAAUAUAGCUCUCAUACCUCCGACCGCAGGUAUAUUCAAGAUACAAUUUGAUGCACGAAAUCUUAUUUGCGCAAGUCAGGACUCUCGCAUUAUCGGCUGGGAUUUCGCAUGCGGUGACAAGAAACUCGAAGAAGCAUGUCAAUUCUUCGAAGGCUUAUAG